UCCCCCCAUCUCCGAGCCACUAACAGCGCCGUUGAGCACUAAUCCCCGACAGCAGAACAAUCUCCGAUUCCCGGUACUGUACAGGAACUCAUUCCUCUCGCCCGUCGUGAGGGGAGGGCCGGUUGCAGCACCGCACACCCUGGCGAUCCACCUCCGGGCGGGACCCGGGAAAAGGGAGCAUUUCUUCCUUAUAAGGGCCGGCGGGAUGGGCGAAGUAACCGCAAGGCUUCCUAUUGCAAAGAUCGCCGGCAACCACCGAUCAUGGGCAAAUCAGCUUCUAAGGAGUUUUCUCGUGAAGUUUUAAAAGCCCACAAUGAUUAUAGGAAGAAACAUGGCGCGCCUGCGUUGAAACUGUGCAACAAACUUUGUAAAGAGGCACAACAAUACGCGGAGGCUCUAGCCAGCACCCGGGUGCUUAAACAUAGUUCGGAAUCCAGCAGGGAACAGUGCGCAGAGAACCUGGCCUGGGCGUCAUAUGAUCAGCCGGGUAAGGAAGUUGCUGAUCGGUGGUACAGUGAGAUAAAAAAUUACAAUUUUAGAUGUCCUGGCUUUUCCUCUGGUACAGGUCACUUUACAGCAAUGGUAUGGAAAAACAGCAAGAAGAUGGGUGUUGGGAAGGCCUCAGCCACGGAUGGCUCCACUUUUGUAGUGGCCAGAUAUUUUCCAGCUGGCAACAUCAUGAACCAGGGAUAUUUUGAGGACAAUGUUCUACCUCCAAAGAAGUAAAUUUGUAAAAAUUUGAAAUAGACUGUGAAUGUCACCUAAUGGAAGGGGCAGUGGACAAUUCUGAUUUGAUGGAGGAUGGACGUGAAAGCACAGAGGAACAUCUGGAGAAAUUUCUGAAACGCCCAUUCGCUGCUGUCGUUACUGUGUGGUCGGGAAUCUUUGGAGGGUAGGCCUCAAAAUCCCCGGCCUUGCCUGCUUUUGGCGACCGAGAAGGAGGUCGAAUCGUACGGACAGAGAUGGCGCUCAGUACUCGGUGUCGGAGAGCUGAUCAGAGCUCGAAGUUUUCAGAUGACUCCGAGUCGGAUUGUGGUCAGCAUGACAGGGAGAGUUUUUCUUCCUUCUCCCGUCUGCGUGAGAUGUGGGACAUUUGAGAAACUUUGAACUUUACUGUGCUCAUGGACUUCUUCAUCAAGUUAUGGUAUUGUUGCACUGUUUGUAACUAUAUGUUAUAAUUAUGUGGUUUUGUCAGUUUUUUCAGUCUUGGUUUGUCCUGUGUUUUGUGAUAUCACACCGGAGGAAAUAAUGUAUUACUUCUUAAUGCAUGCAUUACUAAAUGACAAUAAAAGAGGACUACGUGUCUUCAUAAUCAUAAUCAUAAUAAUUCUAGAUACAGCUCUCCCACAGUUAACAAAGGGAUUAAGUUCUUGAAGAACCAUUCAUCGUCCUAAAUUUUUCAUAGUGGGAGGUAGAGUGAGUCCUUAACUUUUGCAGGGAAUACCUGCUGCUGGGAAUGGUGAGAAAAGUAGUCAGAAGCUAUUUAAUCUCCUCCCUGUAAAGAGGAGGUAAACCAAAAGCGAUCCACGCCUGUUUUGACAAGAUAAACAUACAAAUCAUUCAUCAAAUGGCCAUUAUUGUCAGAUGGAAGAGUGCAUAUCCUUGAGAGGUUUUUUUCUAUUUAAAAGGUAUGUUUAUCUAACAGAUUCCGUUGACUGCACCAGAAAGAUUGCUAAGUAUUACUGGUUUCUAUGGACCUUGUUUUAAAGGGGGUCUCCAAAUCUGUUCCUAGGCCUUCAUUAUAGCAAGCAAAGUCUUUGUUCAUUGAAAAAUAAUAUUGAAGAAAAAUAAUAAUUAAUAUUGAUACAAAUAAUUCUGUAUUUAACUGAAUACCAAAACCAUAACAUUUACCUGUGCGAAAGUGAAAUGAAGAAAUGUCCAAGUCUACGUGUAUUAAAUUUUUUUUCUGGAUACAGAUUGUUGCUUACUGUUGUCAGUUUCUCACUUAUAAAAUUAUAAAAUUCCUUCCCAUUUCCACUGAAAUAGGCUUUGCAGAGCUCCUGGUGCAAUGACUCACUGCUUUCAGUGUUUGGCUGGAAAAC